AUGUACAGCAGAGCUUACAUCUUGCUGCAAAGAGAAUUCCAAGAGUUGAAGAAGAACAAUUAUGAGGGUAUUACUGGCUUUCCUGUAAGUGAAGAUAUGAUGCAAUGGGAAGUUGAUAUUGAAGGUCUACAGAAUACAGUUUGGCAUGGAUCAUUCUUCCAACUGAGAAUAAAUUUUACAUCGGAGUAUAAUUUUGUCCCUCCGGUUGUGAAAUUUAGAACAAUUCCUUUUCAUCCAAAUGUAGACCCGCAUACUGGCCGUCCCUGUAUAGAUUUUUUGGACAACACUCAUAAGUGGAAUAGAAGCUAUACGUUGAGCAGCAUCUUACUCACCCUCCAGGUUAUGCUUUCUAAUCCAGUGCUAGAAAAUCCAGUGAAUUUGGAAGCAGCCCAUAUACUGAUUAAAGAUGAAACUCUGUACAGGCAAAUAAUUCUAAGACUUUUCCACCAGCCAUUACAAUCAAAAGAUGACAGUUCUGAGUCACCUAAAGAGCCAGAUAAAUUUAACAGAUCAAUUAAAUCAGUCUCAUUUAAUGAUUACUACAAGACAUGGUCUGGAAUAGCCACAUCAAAAGCCACAGAAUAUUACAGAACUCCAUUGCUUGAAGAUCCAAAUUUCACUGGAGAGUAUUACAAAUGGAAGAAAAAUGAGCUAAGACGACCUAAAGAAUGGGGUUUAAAGUAA